GGAGUGGGGCAGUGUGCGGGAGGGGGCUUGUUUUUAGCAGCAAGGUCGUUCUUUGUGUCAAAAUUCUACUUCUUGUUUCUAGUGACGAACAUUUAUUAUUUUCAAGUAUUUACCUAAUUCAGUGCGUGAUUAUUUUGUACUUGGUUAAAGUAACUGACUUGAGUGUAAGCUGUUGUUUGAAGAUCUUAGUUUUUAGAGCAAUCCAUACACUUCGAACGUUCCAAUGAGUUUGGGAGGAGGUCAAAACACUGAGGGCUCAAAUGCAGGAGAAAUAUUUGUUCAAUUCAACCAAGAUUGCACGUCUCUGGUGGCGGGCAGCAGCAGCGGGUACCAUCUGUUCGCGCUGACCCCAGAUGAUGGCAUCGAAGAAAUUUACGCCAGUCGCUCAGGUCAGGAGACCUGCCUCGUCGACCGUCUCUUCAGCAGCUCACUGGUGGCUGUUGUCACAGUAUCCGCACCCAGAAAGCUGAUAGUAUGCCAUUACAAGAAGGGUACCGAGAUCUGUAACUACAGCUACAGCAACACCAUCCUCGCAGUGAAGCUCAACAGAUCCAGGCUGAUCGUGUGUCUGGAGGAGUCGCUGCACAUCCACAACAUCCGCGACAUGAAGAUCCUGCACACCAUCCGCGACACGCCGCCCAACCCGCGCGGCCUGUGCGCGCUGUCGCCCUGCGUCGACCACUGCCACGUGGCCUACCCCGGCUCCAGCGCCGUCGGCGAGGUGCAGAUCUUCGACGCCGUGCACCUGAACGCCAAGUGCGUGAUCAGCGCGCACGACAGCCCGCUGGCGGCGCUGGCGUGGUCCAUGUGCGGCCGCCGGCUGGCCACGGCGUCGGAGCGCGGCACCGUCAUCCGCGUGUUCGCCGUGCCCGAGCGCACGCGCCUCUACGAGUUCCGGCGCGGCGUCAAGCGCUGCGUGUCCAUCGCGUGCCUGGCCUUCAGCGCGUGCGGCGCCUACCUGGCCGCCACCUCCAACACGGAGACCGUGCACGUGUUCCGGCUGGGCGAGGCCGCGCCCGCGCCGCUGGAGCCCGCGCCGGCCGGCGACGACGAGCCGGCCGGCUGGAUGGGCUGGCUGUCCAGCGCCGUGUCGGCCGGCGCGGGCUACCUGCCGGCGCAGGUGGCCGACGUGCUGGCGCAGGGCCGCGCCUUCGCCGCCGCGCGCCUGCCGCACACCGGCUACCGCGCCGUCGCCGCCAUCACCAACGUGGCGCGGGCGCCGCGGCUGCUGGUGGCCACGGCGCAGGGCGUGCUGUACGUGUACGCGCUGGACGCGGCCGAGGGCGGCGACUGCGCGCUGCUGCGCCAGCACCAGUUCCUGGAGGGGCCGGCGGCGGGCGCGGCGCCGCAGGAGGCGGCGGCGCUCUCCACUAGCAACAGUUACGCGGGCGCGCUGCGCGGCCGGGACCCGCUGCGGAUGACAGAGUCGGAGCGGGCCGCCGAGCUGGGCGCGGCGCUGGAGGCGCCGGCGCGGGGCCCCUUCGACCUGCGGGACCCGAAGCACUUCCCGCCCAUGCGCGGCGAGCCGGCCGCGCGCUAGCCACCUCGCCGCUUGUACAUAUGUGUAUAAUAUAGAUUUACUUAGCUAUACAAUGUUUAUGUGAUAUCAAACCUGACGACGGAUGACUCCGUGAGAGCUUGCGUCUUUGUGUGUAAAUUAAUUACUGUGGCGUUUCUAUGCUAUGAAUAAAUAAAAAAUCUGUAAACCCCUAAGAUAAAAUUACAUUGUGACUUAUGUAUAUAUGUACCGAUAUCUAUUUAAUACAUUCAUCAAUAAAUACUUUGUGGUUAGCGCUGCCAUCCUUUUGCUGUCUAGGUCCAAGGGAAUAUUCGUACCUAAUGAUACUGAUCUCCGUAUCUAAAUUCAUUCUUAACUGCAUACGAUAACUUAAGAGCUGCAUUUCAGUUUCAUUCGCUCAACUUUCUCGAGACGUAUUUAUUUUUUCAUAUGUAAUAAAAGGUAUUACUACCUUGAAAUACGAGGUUAUGUAAUUACCUUCCCUAAUGAGCGGUGUUGUCGUCCAUUGUCGUGCCGCUGCGCACGGUCAGAGCGAGGCGUCGUGAGUGGCGGCCGCCUGGCACACACGCUGCCUGGCUCUUUACAUUGGAUCCGAGAUAUGGCCAAGUACUGUGAUGUGAUGGCAGCUCUACGCCGUCGGACGUCCCUUGUUUGAAAGUGCGCACACGACUAUUAUAACAGAAAUACUUGGAUCCUUAGAGUAGUGCGAUCGAAGCUGGGGCCCGAUUCUCCUAUUUUUACUUAAGCGCCAUUCGAUUGACGUUCGACUCGAUUCGACUGAGAUCCAAUACCGACUCGAUUACGAUUGAAGCGUAUGUGGCAUUCCGCUAUUUUUUCUUUGAAAUAAACGUUUUUAUCCUUUUCUAUCAUUCAAUAAUGGAUCAUUUUGUCUGCAAAUGAUUUACGAUUGCAAAAUGAUUGUACAGCAAACUACGGUAUAGACCAAAAUCAUCAAAAUAGCAGACCAAUCGCACACCAAUCAAAUGUCAAUCGAAUACCUACGAUUGGUCUUUUAUUAGUAGCAGAAUGCCCGAUAUGGUUAAAACUGCUAUUACAAUCAUAUUGCGAUUCGAUUUCUAUUCGAUUUUGACAUUAUUAACUUAGGAGAAUCGGGGCCCUGGGCUAUGAACAGCUGGCGGGCGCGCGGUACAACGCGGGCUCACAGGCAGCUAACUAGCUAAUAGGUAAAGAUACAGACGUCAGCACACCAAUCUGUCAAAUGUUGCCAUCAACAUUGAACCUUAUACGUAAGAGAUAAAGUUGAAAUUCUAUUAAAGUUUUAAACAUUUUAGUAGCUUGAUGUACUGGCGUCUGUGGACUCUCUGUAGGUUUUAUGAAGUUUUAUUCAUUUACGACUUUCAUGUAUACAUGUAUUAACUAAUUUUGAGCGGUAGAUUGUAAAAGGGAUAUAGAAUUUUCCUCCAAGAAAAUUAAUGACGGAUUUGACAAUACAAUCUCAAUUCGGGACAUAAGCAAAAAUUGUGUGGGUAUUUAAGUCGUUAACUGUAUUAAAAUUACAUUAUUGAUUACUAUUUUCUUUACACAAUUCAGUUUGUAGUGUUUCAUCAUAAGACUUGUACGGGCCGAUGGUGUGCGAUGUGCACACUCCGACGCCGCUGUAUAGCAAUCUUGUUGUCACUAACGAUCGAGUGAUAUGUGUAGUAUAAUUGAGCUUAUAAUUCUAGAAGUACCGAACAGAAAAGUAAGAACAGAGGGAUAAAAAGAUAAAUUACGUAUCUUAAAAUCGUCCUUAUGACCACGGCGUGUCUACCCUUCGUCGUCAUAUUUAGCUGCUUCUCGCAAUUCAACAACUAACUAUAGGUGCCCUGAUAAAAUAUAGUUCUCAAUCAAUGAACCAAUGAAAAAAAAAAUUACAAACAUCCGACUUGAUAACCUCCUUUCUGGGAAGUUGAUAUAAGCCUUUCCGGGUAAAAAAGUAGAAAGGAAGUUAGUCACACGAGACGCGGGUGAAACCGCAAGUAACAGCGAGUAGUUGUAUAGGAAUAUUGUGUUUUUUUACAAAAUGGUACGCCCGGCUCGGCGAAUUUGUAGGAUGACAAGUCUCUCAGUGCGCAAACGUCCCUCUGCUAAUUUAAUCAUGUGUCAAUUGCAUAUCAAUUUUAACCUUACAGGGCAUUCUGGUACUAAUAUGUAUAAAACCAAUCCAUUGGACUUCUAUUAGUCUACAGAGUAGUCUGCUAUACAAUAGUAAAUCAAUUGCAGACAAUAUUACUACAAAUAAUUAAUAUUAAUAUGUCAUAUUAAUAGAAAAGUAUAAAGUAAUAGUUCAUUUAGGUAUUUGCAAUAAAUAUUGAGAGAGGUGGCUCGUGACGUCACUUUUAUGUGAAAUGUUUAGGUACUUGAAAAGUGACGUAGCACGAAAUUCUAUCGUGUUGUAUCUUCUUUGUUAUUUAUUGUGAGCAAAAAAAUAUUAUCUAAAAGACGGACUUUUUACUUUCCCCAUUCCCCAUGUCUUUUUGAUUACGUCUCAAUUGAGGUAUUUGCGGAAUGCCCCAUUUGUCUCAAUCGUAAUGGAGUCGGGACUGUCAAAUUUCAGGGGCCCGAUUCUCCUAAGUUAAUAAUGGCAAAAUUGAAUAGAAAUCGAAUAGCAAUAUGAUCACAAUAGCAGUUUUAACCACUUCGGGCAUUCUAAUAUAAGACCAAUCGUAUUCCAACGACAUUCGAUUGGUUUGCGAUUGGUCUGCUAUUUUGGUGAUUUUGGUCUAUACAGUAGUUUGCUCUUUCUAUAAUCAUAUUGCAAUUGUAAAUCAUUUGCAGACAAAAUGAUUCAUUAUUGUAUGACAGAAAAGGAGAAAAACUAUUAUUUCAAAGAAAAAAUAGCGGAAUGUCACAUACACGUUAAUCGUAAUCGAGUCGUGAUUGGAUCGCAGUCGAAUGUGAAUCGUAUGUCGCUUAAGUAAAAUUAGGAGAAUCGGGCCACAGGGGCUUAGUUUUACUUGAGCGACAUACGAUUGAUAUCCAACUGUGAUUCAACCGUGACUCAAUUACGAUUGAAGCAUGUGGCAUUCCGCAAUUUUUCGUUUUAAAUAAACGUGUUUAUCCUUUUUCUGUGAUUCAAUUAUGAAUUAUUUUAUCAGCCCAAUGUCAGUGAAUGCAUGUCAGUGGAUACCUGUUAAGAUUAUUAUUUUUUACAAAAACGAUUGGUAUUAUACGGAAUGAAUUUUAAGCAGUGCACAAAAAAAAACUGGUGGUCCAGAAUCAUUAACAGAAAAUAUCUGCAUCAUCAGUAUUUUUAUUUAUUUUUUCAUUUUUUAUCCGCCCUAAAAUCAGCAAAUGUGGAUACUAACUAUUCUUACGCGCGCGGAGCAGAGCUCGUGUCAGUUAACCGGUUUCGCUUUGCCGCCGUGCCUACUAUGACGACUGUGACCGUACAAUCGGUUACAAAAUAAACAUCUUUCGCUAUCAAUAACUAUUCUUUUUUGUACUAAAACACAACAAAAUAAAAAAUAUACGUAUCUUUAAAACUUAUUUAACUAUAAGUCGAUAAAGUUUGCGCACUGAAUAAAAUUCAUUCCUGUAUAGGUAAGUAGCAGAAUUCCCGCAAAGGUUAAAACUGUUAUUGAGAUUCAAUUGAUAUCCAGUUGACACAUUAUUAAAUUAGCAGAAUUGAGCCAGAGUUGCUUGUCAUUUAAGUAAAAUUAGCAGACUUGACUGUUAUUAGAGAAAUACAACAUUUGUGAUGUUGACCUGUAAACGUUAUAUUUAUUUUAUUUAGCUGCAUUCGAUCAGUGAUCGUUAAAAUGUCCUUCAGACAUUAACACCCUUGGUAAAAUUCCAAGUAAACUAAGAUUGUAGUGACACAAUAUUUACAAGAACACGUAGCAUACACCGCUGAGACGCCGUGUGCAAAAAUGUACAUAUUAAAUAAAUAUUUUUACAAAACCA